UCCGCAGCACACGUGGCCAUCCACUCCGUGACAACAGUAGUAGUAGAAGAACAUCCUGGUGACUGAAGGAAGCGAAGGGAGAGAGAACUGCAGAACGAUUCCACGCUCCGGUCGAAGCGCGCGGAGCGCAGGAGAGGACGCGAGAAGGCGCGGGUGUCGGACGGCGGGUUCCUGAACCUUCUCUCCUCCGCAGCUGAGCCUGCGGAUCGGCCCGGCAUGGAUGGAAAGAACCUUGGCAAUGAACAACAAGCUCAACAAAAGAAGCCUGAUGCAGUGACAGACAAUGUUCCAAGCAUUGAUCAAGAGGCCUUGAAACAGUUCUCAGAUUCAGAUGCUGGAAACAUCAGUCCGACAAAUGGCCAUGAAGCUGAUGUGAACAUGGAAGCAGCCAUCUCCACAGAGGAUGUCAUGCGAGCCGGCGGGUUUGGAGCAAAAGACGACAUUGGCAGCCUCCUCCCAACAGCUAUUGAUUCCACUGAUUUCGAGGCCUCGCUGAGGGAUGCCCGUGACUUUGAAGGUGAGAAAGAGGCCCCAUCACAUCCUGGACUGGGCUGGAAGGGGGAGAAAGGUGAUGAUGGGAGCAAACCAUCAGAUGUGCCGCAGCACGGCAGCAGUUACCGUGAUAUCUAACCUUAGGCUAGUCCAGCUUCAGAAAACACUUGCUGUGUUCUUUUUUUUUUUUUGAAGAAUCACUUGCUGUGUUCCCAAGAGCUGCACUGCUGCAGUACGUUUGAACUUUUUGCCACAAUGGUUUGUGCCUGUUGUUUCAGACUUUCAGUGCUUUAUGAACACUCAGGUCACGGUUCUCGUCUAUUCAGUCUGUUGGAUGGCUGCUAAUGUAUAGUUCAGCCUAGUUUUUUUA